CAACUUUUCCAUAAAAAAUGGACCAAGAUCAACAACAAAUACAAAAAUUAUUACAAUGUUAGAACUUUUCCUAGAUACCCCAUUCCCCAUUCUCAUAGCACUUGUUCUCUUCAUUCUUUACUUUCGCUAUGCUCUCGUUCUCUUCUUUCUUAUCCUUCUCUUUGCUUUCUGUUCCCAUCUCAUUCUCAUUCUCUUCGAUCCCGUUUCUCGUCCAUGACUAUGGCCAUUACUAAUCAUUCCUCACCUCCUCAAUCACCCUCUACGAAAACGGUGAGGGUAAUGAUUAAAGGGAGGGUGCAGGGAGUGUUUUAUAGGAACUGGACAGUUGAGUAUGCAACCCAAUUGGGGUUAAAAGGUUGGUUGAGGAACAGAAGGGAUGGUUCUGUGGAGGCUCUAUUCUCUGGUGAUUCUGAUAAUGUACAGGAAAUGGAGCAGAGGUGCCGCCGUGGCCCACCUGAUGCUAUGGUUACUGGCUUCCAGGUUUUCCCUUCCACUGAUGACCCCGGAACUGGAUUUCAGCGCAAAGCAACAGUUUGAUGGGUCUUAGCGAAAAUUGCCAAUAGAAGAUUUCUGCUUCAGUUUGUAUAGUUCAUGCUCAACAUAAAUUACAGUUUUAUAUCCUGUUUAGAAAUUUACACGAUGCAGUUCUGAAUUAUCAAUUGUCUUGUUGAAUACACAAUGAAAUUUCAAGUUUAUGAUAUAUUAGUCUUUUAAUA